AUGGAUACGUUGAAUGCAACAGUGAUUGGAGCUCAUGUCACAUCAUCGUUAAGUUCAUAUCAUCAUCAUCAGUGGAAUGCUUUGAGUUCCUCGUUGAUGUCUGAAAAUGAUGAUGACACCAAUGAGGUAUGUGGAGCAAUGAAGAUCGAGAAUCCAUUUGAAAGGGAAGAUCGAAGUUAUUUCUCAAAUAACUCAUCUCAUACUGCUACUUCUCAACAGCAACAGCGCCGUCAGCAAUCGGAAUCACCAUGUAUUGUAACUCGAACCAUACCGUUAGCAUCUUGUGCAACAGCUGCCGCAUCUUUGUCAUCCGCAUUUAACAAACGAUUGGCAGUAUCAAAUAAAAAUGUAAGCUUUUUAGAAUAG